AUGUCUAGUGUAGCCCACCGAUGCUUGACUUGUAGCCAGAGAUUCUCCAGCCGAAGUCAUCUCAAACGACAUGAGGCAUCCUCACAGACGCGCUUCGUCGCCAUUAUAAAAGCUGCCCAGUGGGGCAGCAGCCGACGCCGAAGAAACCCGGACGCCGUCGGAAAGCAUGCGACGCCUGCGCGAAGAACAGAAUUACUUGUGAUUCCAGUCUUCCUUGUUCUUCGUGUCAGAGCCAAGGCGUCUCUUGCACUUACCGACGUCUUGGCUAUCGCGCAGAUGGGUCGCGCGAGCUGA